AUGCCACAACCGCCAUUCGAGACGCUACCCCUAGAGCUCCGCCAAAAAAUUCUCGGCUACUGCCUCAUCACCCCCAGCCUCGAAGAGCGCUUCCGCACCGCCGAAGCACUCCUCUACACGUCCAAGCAGAUGUGCGUAGACAUGGAAGCCGUGCUCUGGGCCCGCUAUGCCUACAUCAAGACCGAAAUCGGCGACCACGAAGAGACUUCAUUCGACUUGGUGCCAACGAUGCUUGAAGAUGGCAUACGGAACUACCUUACAAGAGCAUUCGCAUGGGGCGAGCUCCAGCAAAAGCUCGAGAGGAUGCAGCUCCUUGACUUGCUGGCCGAGCAGUACAAUGUCCGGGCGUUUAUAAUCGACAAGACGAGUCAUAAGUGGCUCAGCAGCGGGCGCGGGCGACACCGUGAACCAAAAGUGUCGUGGGACCCGAUCAUUAUUGAAGUUGACGGCUAUUUGCGUGGCCAUCGCAUCGAAGAGGAGCGGGUGCGAGUCUACGGUGAAUUUGGUAUGGAUGAGCUUUGGGGUGUACCGUACUCGAGCGAUUUCUUGUGA